GUAGUAGUAGUAGUAGUAGUAGUAGUAGUAGUAGUAGUAGGAGUAAGGUUGGACACAUAAAGGAGUCAUAAUGCAGUUUACAUACAGAUUUCAAUUUUGUACCUACACAGGAUUUAUCACAAAUAAUGAGGAGCUGAGGAUCGUGAUGGUGGGAAAGACUGGAAGCGGAAAAAGUGCCAGUGGAAACAUGAUACUUGAUCACAACACUUUUAUUUCAAAGUUCUGUGCUCAGUCUAUAACUGUGGACUGUAAAAAGAAGAAAGGUGUGGUUUGUGGUCAGAAGGUUGCUGUCAUUGACACUCCAGGCCUGUUUGACACCAGAUACGACGAGGAGAAAACCGCCAAAGAUCUGAGACAGUGCAUCUCCUUUGCUGCUCCUGGACCACAUGUCUUCCUGGUGGUCCAGUGGUUGGGAAGGUUCACUGAAGAGGAACAGAAUGCAGUCGAGAAAAUUCAGCAAGUCUUUGGUCAGGGUGCAGACAGAUACAGCAUGGUUCUGUUUACUGGGGGUGACCUUCUUGAAGGAACCAUUGAGAGUUUCCUGGCUGGAUGUCCAGGCCUUCAAGAGCUUGUUGCCAGAUGCAACAACCAGUACCAUGUCUUUAAUAAUAAGAAUAAAAAUGAUCGUUCUCAGGUCGAUGAGCUGCUGCAGAAGAUCAGGAACAUUGUAAUGAAAAACGAAGGAAGUCAUUACACCAAUGAGAUGUUCCAAAGGGCAGAGAGAGCAAUAGAGGAGGAGAAAGAACGAAUCAUGAAAGAGCAGGAAGAGAAAAUUGAGAAAAAGCUACAGGAAAAAUAUGAGAAAGAGAUGAAGAAAUUACAAGAAACAUUUCAAGCUAAGAUGGAGCAGGAGAUGAAAGAGAGAGAGAAACAGAGGCAAAUGGAGAAGCAGGAGAGGUACGAGGAGAGAGAGUGGGAGAGGAAAGCAAAAGAGGAAGAGAGGCGCAAGGAAAGACAGGAGAGAGAGUGGGAGAGGAAAGCAAAAGAGGAAGAGAGAAAGGAAAAGUGGGAGAGAGAAAAGGCCAUGAGCAAACUCAGGGAGCAGCACGACAAAGAACUGAAGGAGGAAAUCAAAAACGUGAGGUCCAAGUACGAAAUAGAGGCCAGAGAGAAAGCAGAGAAGUCCAACCCAUUCGUUUAUUAUGGCAAAAUGCUACUUAAUGUUGUACUUAAUCAAGUGGCUGGAAGAUUUCUGGGCCUUAGCCUGUGA